CAGAAGAACAAAGAAGAAUUCCCCAUCAGCAGAUCCAGCCCAAGUCUCCAUCUUUUCUCAUUUUUGACAAUGUUGAAGCUUCGAAAUUCCUUCUUCUUUCUACUCCUUUUGUGCUUCUUCUUCAUUUCAAUCGGUGACGCUUCGGUUCAUGAAUACAAUGGUGUGAAAUUCGUCACUAAAGGCAACGCAUUCGUCGUCCAUGGAGGCAGCGAAGGCAUUUACUCUUCUUUGGAUGACCCCCAAAAUUUGACUUCCAUCAUUGGUGAAUCUUAUAUCCGUUUUGAGAAGGUUACAUUCCGUAGACCGAAAGAAUCGGCUAAUGCUAGCUCGAAGCCGAUACAAGCAGUUCUUUUUGAGGUCGAAGAUAGGGAGACGAUAGGGGGUUCGGCUUAUGGGGGUCAAAGAGCUGUUUGUUGCACGGCGGAUCUUGCGAAACUCGGUGUUUGUGUGGAAGGAGAAGUCAUUUAUCGUCCUUCCACCAUAACUCCGAACUGGCCCAAAGUGUUCGGUGUGGCGUUUAACGGAGACGAUGAGGUUGCGACAUUACGAUAUCAGUCUAUAAAGGUUGCGAAAACCGGGAUGUAUAACUUGUACUUCAUUCACUGUGAUGUGAACCUUAAAGAUUUGACUGUGGAAGGGAAAACUGUAUGGAAAAAUCCUACAGGCUAUCUUCCUGGUAGAAUGGCACCAUUGAUGAAUUUCUGUAUGUUCAUGUCACUUGCUUUUGUGAUCAUCGGAAUCUUUUGGUUCUCGCAGUAUGCGAGAUUUUGGAGAGAGGUUCUUCCUCUGCAAAACUGCAUAACAUUAGUAAUAACACUCGGCAUGCUUGAGAUGGCUUUUUGGUAUUUCGAUUAUGCUGAAUUCAACGAGGGUGGAAUCAGGCCGGUUGGGAUCACCUUGUGGGCGGUCACCUUCGGUACUAUCAAACGUACGAUUUCACGGAAUAUUAUCUUGAUGGUUUCGAUGGGGUAUGGUGUUGUGAGGCCUACCCUUGGUGGGCUUACUUCGAAGGUGAUAAUGCUCGGAGGAACCUUCUUUUUGGCAUCCGAAGUUCUUGAAUUGGUGGAAAAUGUCGGUGCGGUGAGUGAUUUUUCAGGAAAGGCGAGGCUGUUUUUGGUUCUUCCCGUUGCGAUCUUGGAUGCCUUCUUCAUUCUUUGGAUAUUUACUUCUCUAUCUGCAACUUUAAGUAAACUCCAGGCGAGAAGGAUGAUGGUAAAGUUGGAUAUAUACAGGAAGUUCAUAAAUGCAUUGGCGGUAGCCGUUAUCGUAUCUGUGGGUUGGACAUGUUACGAGCUUUAUUUCAAGUCGAACGAUGUUUAUAACGUGCAGUGGCAGAACGCGUGGAUCAUCCCGGCCUUUUGGCAAGUCUUAUCUUUCUCUAUGCUAUGUGUCAUCUGCGUUCUAUGGGCGCCGUCUCAGAAUUCGACGCGGUACGCUUACUCCGACGAUGCGAACGAAGAGUUCAACAAAGACGACACCAAUUUGACUCUCAUACAACCAUCGCCAACGCCUUCGAAAGAGUUUAGACCAGUGCAGGGCAGUAAUGGAGCAUCAAAUGGCGGUGAUUUAGAAGAAGACAAGACAGAGUGACAAAAAUCAGCCAUCUUUGAACCUGCUACUGUUUUUGUUGUCACGCAACUUCUUUCAUUGAAUCUUUGUAUCUUUGUUCAUCGGGUUAUUUGAUUUAGUUAAGUUUUUGAUC